AAACAUGGCUUCCUACACAGGCAAGGCGUUUUUGUCUCUAGGUCGAAUAAAUGUGCCUUUUAAUGGUCUAAAUAACCUAACAAGCAGGGUUACUUACGGGACUCGUGUGUCUGUAAAUUCACCUCCUGAAAAUAAAGAUGACAGAGGCAGAAAACCCAAGAGAGAAUCACAGGAGCCCAGGACAAAAAAGAUGCCAGUGGAUCAGGACUGGGCUGCAGUUUAUCCAAUAGCCACUACAUUUAGACCCAGUUCUGUCCCUUUACCUGUGAGGAUGGGAAGUCCUGUAAAGGGAGGUGCCCCCCCUGAGAAGAACGGUAACUUGGAGCUUAUCAAGAUACCAAAUUUUCUGCAUUUGACACCAGGUGCCAUCAAGAAACAUUGUGAAGCUCUAAAACCGUUCUGUACAGAGUGGCCCUCGGCUUUGGACACCGAUGCCAAAUGUGACCAGUUUUUCCCCGUCAAGGUAGAAAGCACAGACUACGUGUCUGCCGGCCCUUCCCUCAGAAACCCUUCGGCCCGCGUCGUUCAUCUCAGAGUAAAGCUGUCCAGUUUAAAUCUGGAUGAUCACGCACGGAAGAAAAUGCUGAAACUCGUUGGAGAGAGAUACUGCAAAGAAACAGAUAUUCUCACCAUCACUACUGACAGCUGCCCAUUGCGACAACAGAAUUAUGACUAUAGCAUGUACCUGCUGACUGUCCUUUACCACGAAUCAUGGAAAACAGAGGCCUGGGAGGCUGACAAGACCGUGGCAGACAUGGAGGAAUACUGCUGGGAGGACAGCCCGUCCCAAAAGAAUAUCCUGGAUACAUUAAUACGCAUGAAAAUAGCCGGGGAGGACGAAAGUGAGGAAGUGCGUAAGCAGCUGCUGGGGAUAGCAGAAGUGCAGGAUUAUAAGGACUCGAUCAUAAGGUUGAAGAAUGAAGGCGAGAGCGAGAGCACCAUGCUCCAGUACAAAGAAGCAGUCAAGAAAGUACUUAACCUGUAACACAGCAUAAUGUCAAAAUGGUUUAUAUGAAGACAGUGACCAAAAGAGGCAGGAAUACAGCUGUUUAAAUACUAGGCCCUGAAAUUCUUAACAUUCAACUAUUAUUUUGGAUUUCAUGUAACAACACAGCACAGUUAAGAGCAUACUGUAGAUAAUGUUGUAAUUUACAUCACAAUAUUAAAACCUGUGUCUGAGCUAAUGUAUUUAUUUACCUAAGUGACUUAAAUAUGAUUUCAGGUUUAUGAUGCUGUCUUUAAUACAAAAAUAAAAGCUCAAUCUGUGCUACAUAA